UCGAGUUACGACUAAUGAGUAAGCAGACGCGCGGUGUUGGUUGACUAUACCUUACCUAUGCUUCGGUACGGGCGGCUCGACUCAGUCGGCAGUCUCCCACUCCCCGUCAGUUUGACGCACGGACGGAUGCUUGCGGUCUUACACAAGCCAUAACUGACCCUACCGAAUGUUUACACACCUUCGAAAAAUUCGAAUUUACGAAGCUGCUCCAAAUGCUUUGGCGACUCUUUCGAUUAUCAGUUGUAUCUGAACGCAUCUCAACUGUAUCAAUAAUGCAGUCAACUAAUAAGAAAAGAAAAUAUAAACCUUCGACGUCCAAGUCGACUGCCAAAAUAACGCCGGUGCAAAAGGAUUUGACCCUGGAAGAAAAAGUGGAAAUCGACAAAAAAAGAAUCCUUUCGGCGGCGAUUCGCCUGAUUAACGCCAACUACGAGACUGGCUGCAAACACCAAUCGGGCCGUGAUACGGGCAAAUUGUGCGACCCUUGCAUGAAGGAACGAUACAGCGAACAUUUCAAACGAACGUGCGAUCGGCAAGAAAGUUGCGACGAGGAAAGAGACGAUCCAAUCGACGCCGAGUACAAGUCCCUAUUUCUUUCGGAUAAUGAAGACGACGACGAUUACUUCGAGCAAUUCGUCAAGAGAAUGGAAGACGAAUUUGCGCAAAGAGAAGAUCUAAAAAAAAAUAAUCCUAAGGCUUGGCAAGUUAUACGAGCUAUGGAAGAAGAACAAAUUAGUCCCGCACCGAAGCGUAGACGGAAAUUGAAAAAAUUUACCAAACCAAUGGAACAAACGAUGGCCAUUAUAUCCAGAUUCCGUAAUGAGUUGGUCUACGGUACCGAAUCUCAACCUAGAAAUAAAAUAUGGAAUUCCACGUUCAACCCUAAUGAGAAAAAUGCUCUGGAUUCGAAGGAAAAUAUCAGCUCCUUGCCCUCUGAAAUGGGCUGUAAUGGUAAAGCUACCGCCAAAACCAAGAAUUUGAAUCUCACCAAUAUUUGGGAAAAGUAUGGUAUUAGUGUUCCUUUGACACAAGAAAACAUGAAGAGCAAACUUUAUACGCCGGGUCAUGUCGGACGCUGGGUAGACAGAACCGAGCCGUCUCCAACUUGUAAAAGUAUCAAAUCGGACGCUGCAACUUGUUACUCGAUGAAGGAUGAAAAUGAGGUCGUCGAGACCAGAUCACCUUUCGGCAAAAAUGCUUCCCCUUGUAGAACCUACACCAAGAGCAGUACUUUGAUUACCGAAAAAAGUUCGCCGCCCAUCGAUUCAACUGGAACAAAGUCGAAUACAGUUGUUCGUUUUAGACCGUCGCCACCCGAGUAUAUUUCAUGCAGUAGUUAUGAAGAGAAAUUAAGCGAUUCUCCAUCAAGCUUACUCAACAAUGAAAUGAUGUUUGACAAUGAUCAAAUCAUUGAAGAAAAUGAGACCAUGGAUGGUUUCAUGGCACCUCAACAAUUUUACAGUCAUCUUGGUAGCUGCGAUGACUCACAAUAUCAUCAAAGGAUGCAUUCAACAACGUGCAAUGAAUUCCCUAGUAAACGACAGCCUAACAUGUUUCAAUACAAUGGAUUUGAACAACAGAUAUCUAGUGGCAGUAAUUUCAACAACUAUCCAGAGCAUCAAUUUAUUCAAGCCAGAACUGCGACAACCAUACAGACUAAUUGCUUAUUCAAUAGCGAUAAAUCUGAAACUAAGAUUGAUAGCUUUUUACGUAAUUUCACUUAUAAUACUGAAAAUAGAAGACGAAAGAUGGAAUUCAAAUAUGAAAUGAAAGUUAAAUAUUUUUAA